AUGACAUUUCUCCAGGAGGCCGUCACGAAGGCGAUAUUGAACAGCUUGAGUUCGUACAUCUGCCACUUCAAUGAGGAGCAGGUCAAGGUUGGGCUCUGGGCUGGCGACUUGGUCUUGGAAGAUGUGGAAGUCAAGUGGUCGGCCAUCAACACGUACGACUCGCCCGUGCACGUCAAGCACGGUUGCAUCCAGCGCAUUCGCAUCCAAGUGCCGUGGACAUCCUUUUGGCACCAUCCCAUUCAAAUUGACGUGUCCGGUGUCGACUGCGAGCUCCACUUACGCGGCACGUACGAUAUCCUGCACGAACUACAGCAGAAGAACUUCGUGGUCCAAGGUCUGCUAGCGAACGCCCGUGCGUCCGUCGCCCACUCCUACCGGGGGUGGUCGUCGCUGUUUUCGGGCCUCUCAACGUCGAUCCUCGACCGCCUUGUUCGCAAUAUUGCUGUGCGCAUCGACGAUGUCAACAUCUACCACGCGAUUGCCCCCAUCACGCUGGGACUUACGCUACACUCGCUCACAUUCCAAGAUGCCGCUCCUGCCCGCGGUGAAGGCGACGCUUUCAACACCACGACCAAGGUCCUGGACAUCACCGACUUGGCGUUGUACGCCACCGUUGGUGACACACCGGUCGAGCUCAUGGCACCAGUCCAUGUCCACGUGCAGUUCACCCACUGCCCUGCGACAGCCACCACGACUCGAUGUUUGGUCCAAGUGCCGACCCUGAUGGCGCUGCACAUUCCACUUGCCCUCGAGCCAUACUUGGCCAAAGUCGACCAAGCGCGCCGAUCGUUUGCAGCCGGCGCCAGGUUGAAGUGCUGUCGGUGGCUCACCCGACUCCACGGCACAACUCCCAAGUCGCCAUGGCAAUAUGCUCGACAAGCAAUGCUGGCGGGCUGGCACGACGCAGCUACCACGCCGUCCACAACGUUAAAGGACUGCUACACAACGCUCUAUACGAAAUGGCUUGACUCGCCGCAGACGUCGGUGGCGUUCAUGCAUCGCCUCAACUGGCUCGAGCUACAGCUGAGUGUGGCAGAUAUCUUUGCCGCCCAAGUGGACGCGUCUGGCCGCGCCACCUCGUCUCGAGGCCGGCCCGUGCGACUUGCGCACUCGCCGGAUGGGCCGAUUCUACCUGGAUGGAGCGCUCUCGACGUGUCGUGGGACGCCGCGGGGGUGUCCUUGAUCGUCGACACGGGGCCAUUUCAAGCUGCUGUCACUCUACAGCAACUGCAUGGUCGGCUUCAACGUGAUGACGCUACCGACACCUGCCACAUCGAAGUGGACUCGAUCGAAAUGACGUGGCAGCGCGACAACGUGUGCAUCCUCCGACUCGGUCAAAGCACGCAUCUCGCAGGUGCCAGCAGCGACGAUGCCUACCCGAAUGCACUCUCCACGGGGCUGUCGGUGCUUUGGAGUCGACAAGCGUGUGGCAGCGUGCCGUCAACGGCCGUGGACAUCGUCAUGAGCUCGGCGCGACUCCACGUGAACGCUACGUCGCCGCUUGGCCAGCUCUGGACUCCAGACAGCAAGUGGGGGGAUGGGCUCCCCCUACGGCAACCGGUGGCCGCGCAUCCAUGCAGUCCCGCAGUGUCCUGCACCAUUCACGACGGAUCGAUCGCCGUCCAAGUCGACAGCACAUGCGCCAUCGACACCGCCGUCGUCGACUUUUACGUCAAGCUGCACCCGCACCACCAAUUCCAACUCCGCGCGGCAUCGUGGGCGGUGGGACUCAUGGAUGGAACGGCGGCACGACACGAUUACAUCCGGGCCGCCACGCUGUCUGGCUUGGUGGUGUGUGCGACCGACUCAUUCUUAUCCAAGAGUAUUAGAGCCGACGUCGCGGCGGCGGCGAUCGCCGUGUGCCCGCAGCUCGUACGCGUGUGCAUGCGAGCAGCCGACGUGGUCGACGCGAUGUCCCAACAGGUUGCAGCGACCCAUCCAGCGCCGCCGACGGUAUGGCUUGGCGACGGACGCAAGAUCGUAGCGGCGACUUUGCAAUGCGCCGAGGUGGACGUUGUGGUGAUGGACCCGACGAAGCGGGCAUUCGACGGCGGCGGCGAAUGGCCCCCCAAGUCGGCGUUUUCAACGACGAAGAUUCGACGUCUAGCGCUGGAAGGGCUCUGGCAGCAUCGCGCGCUGCAGCAUGGCCGCGCGAGUGCCCAGGACAUUCUGUUUACGCUAGAACAAGUCCACAUCUUGCACGUGGUGGCCUCGGCAAGUGUGCCACACGGAGUCGUCGCCAUUGUUCGACAAGACUCCAGUCUUCUCCCCCCUGGGGAUUCAGUCGCAAUCGAUUGCGACUGCGGCAAUGUCGCCGUCGUCUUCGACCCCGACGCGCUGUGCCAGGCCAUGUCGCAUGCCAGGACGUACGUUGCUUUGACGGGCGUCGAUGCCAGCGUCGUCCGGCCCCGGUCACCCUCGAAUCCUGUGGCGACGUGGGGGUAUCGGCUCGCGUGGCGCACGGACUCGAUGACGAUCGAGUUGCGCCAGCACGACCGUCCUCUGGUCAAGAGUUUCUUUAGCCGCCUGACAGUUUACGUACUUGCGUCGCCGCCGCCUUCCGCUUCCAUCGGCGACCGCGUCGCGCCACCGCCUCUCGUGGACGUGAUCAUUCACCGAGUCUACAUGUUUGAUCAAACGGAAGCCGGCGUGGCGCUUCAUCGUACCGUCGCUAUGCCCAUGCAGUGCGACUGCGCCACCACCGACCAACGUUGCAAUUGCUUCACGUACUCGAACCAUUCGACAACGGGCGGCAGCAGCCAUGAACAAGCCACGGUCCAUGCGAUUCAGUGCACGUGUCUGUGGCGGUUCUACUUGGAGCUGUGGAAUUACUUGUACGAUCGAUCGGGCGGGGUGGCGAUGGUGGCGGCGCACUACCGCCACACGUUUCCGUCGAUGGCAUCGGACGCAACGACCCCCUGCGACAAGACCCCGAUGCGCGUUGUGUUUCAACAGGUGGCGAUCUGUCUGCCUCGCAACAGCGACUCGAUUGACAUGAUGGCCAUCGUCAUGGGUGAGUGCAUCUUGACAAAGUCGUUCGAGACAGACACGUGGCAGUAUGGCGAUGCGAUGGUGGCAGGAGCGGCGGCGUUGGCGCCGUCCAAGGACGGCCCGCUUCCUACCGACGGACCGCGGCAAACGAAUCGCUUGCACAUGAAGCAAGUGACCAUGUACUGCGCCGAUACAGAGAGCGUGGUGCAGCGGCAGUGGUCGUUUCGACGGGGAACCCAUGCCGCCACCACGCCGUCGAUUCCUAGCACCUCCCGGGAUGAGGUCGAUCCACUUCCUGCCCCUGCCGCCCCCAUCACGGAAGGCGCUGCCUUGGCCCUGGACCCCGACGUCCUCUGGAAGCGGGUGACUGUCAUGCCCUUUGACCUUCUCUUUGUCCGCGACUUCGACGCCGCCAACACGAGGUGCACGCGUGACCUUUACGUGAUUCAGCCGGGACUGCGGCUCAGCCUCGAGCUCACCGACUUGAGCAUCGUCCUGAGCCUUUGGUACGACAACUUGGGCGAGUACCCGCAGUUUCCGACGCCGUUCGUCCCCCCGACAAACUACUGCGAGCCUUACACGACGGGCCCGCACCCCCACUUUGCUCCGUACACGUCGCCGUCGCAGCUCCCGGCCAUCCAUGGUGAGAGCGAGUGGGAAGUGGGAUGUGUCAUGCUCGAGGUGGAAAUCCGCCUGCCCCUCCAAGACCAUGCGUUUCUCGCGCUGCAGCUGCACCCUGUCGUCAUCCAGGUCGACGGGCGGCUCGAUAGCUCGUUCAUGCGCUGCACGGUCGUCGGCGACCGCGGCACCCUCGUCAAGCGCAGCGCGCCUGGCGUGCCGCCCGUCGUUCUUGUGGACCUCGUGGCGGCCGACGUCCCGUUUCACCUCGCCAACGUCAACGUGUACGCACCGUUUGACGGAUCGGUCCAGGUGCCGUCGUUCGGUCUACAGAUGAGCGUCGUGCGGUUUCCUUAUGGGUACACGAUGAUGGGGCUGCGCUUGAGCCAUGUGACCGUGGGGCUGGCCAGUGAUCCCGACGUGCUCGCGUUCGUCAUUGAGUUUUUCUCAACGUACUUUUACGACUCGGAAUAUGGCUACCCGUGGCCGACGGCCGACGCACUCGCGCCGCAUGUCGGCGCGCGGACGGACAUGGAGAUGGGCGUGAACGAUCUGAUCUACUCCAAGGUGAUCACUGUGCACGCGCCGUGCAUUCCGUUGGCGAUGCACGACCGUGUGUUUCGACUUCAAGCGAGUUCGGCGGAGGUUGGAUGGGAGCUUCGGUACGAAUCGACGGCCACGGACGCUUUGGUCAAGGUGCAUUUGCCAGGCGUCGAAGGGCUUUUUCUUGAUCCAGGCGCGACCCCGGCGUCGGUCGGCGCGCCGCCCGCUGGCGUUCCUCGCACCGUGCUCACGCCGAUUACCAUUCACUGGUCGUACGCGACCAACAUGCUGACGGGCCAGCAGUCCAUGGCGCUGGACAUUGCGCGCUUCGACGUGGAGUUUCCAAACGAAGACGACUUGACCGUGUUUGUGUACGGCACGCCCAGCGACGUGGGUUUUUUUGUGGCCAUCGCGGCGGCGUACGAAGCGAGCUGGGGGGACGCGCCCCCAGAGCUGUCGCCCGCCGCCAUGUUGGACGGGGCGGCGGGGGAUGGCGACGACGAACUCGACGACGAGGAGAGCGGUGUGGAGGCGUCGGGAGAUUCGUGGAUGAGCAUCACCGUGCGUCUUCCUCGAAAAGUCGGAUUCGUCUGGCUCGACGAUGUGCUGCAUUUUCAAAAACCCGUCGUCCAGGUGCUCUUGUGCGAUGUCGUUGUUCAUGCGUUGCAAUGCCAGGACCCCGACGACCAGGACGACAACGGCGCACAGGACGGGGGCGACCGUCUCUCGUGGCGCGCCGCACCGGCACCUGCCGACGGCUCGCCCGCCGUCUUUGCAAAACUCACGUCGUCUCUCCAACUCGACGUGUUCAAUAACAUCGUGCGGGCAUGGGAACCGCUCGUCGAGCCUUUCGCGGUCAACGUCUUCUUGGAGCAAAACGGGCCCCGCCUCGGCGUGGCCAUCUCGACGCCCGACUCGGUUCAGAUCAAUGUGACCGAGUACUGCGUGAAUGCGGCGCUGGAAUCGUGGGGGCACCGCGGCAGUCCCCGCGCCGCGGCAACCGUCGGCCUCGUCAACUGGACUGGCAAGGCCGUGCGGUAUUUCCAACCGCAGCCACACCACCAUCCUCAUCAUCCGAGUCUUUGCCGGGACAAGAGCUGGACAAGUGGGCAUCGGUCGCCCCUUCGCCACCGCCCACGCAUCGUCCAUGUAAACGCCCCCAAGCGCAAUGUGGCCGAUGGCAGCGGGACAGCCGGACCGCUCGCGUGCCCGCCAACGCUGAGCGUCCUCGUCGGUCGACACAAGGUUGAAACCACGGUACUCAAUCAGAACGAUCUCCAUGUGCUGUUUGCGUCGGCCCACCCACACACGACCGACGCAUUCCGCCACGCUCUUUGCGGCGACGCCGCCGCCGCCGAGCUCACGUACGACAUGUCGGUGCAAUUGUUUGGGUUCCAAUGGCUCCACCACUUGGAUUUGAACCAGAGCGGGUUUUUCUACUUUGACCUCGUGCCAGAAGUCCCGCACAUCCAAUCCAUGCCAGCUCUUCCCGCCGUCGCCGACAAACGGGUUGUGCCGCCGCCGAUCGACGACGCGCAGGACGGAGCGCUGCCGCUGCCACACCUCGUCACGUCCACCGCAGCUGUGCGUGCCGCCCUGCGCUGCCUGGUCCACGUGAACAAGACACGGUGGGGCCAUCGCGUGACGUUGCAGAGCUUGUUUCAAGUGCAAAACCACACGUCGUUUGUGUUGUCGGUGGCGCUCCAUGCCUCGAGCAAACUUCGUCAAGAUGCCCACCACCAUGCGAUUCAACUUUCUCCCGGGGGCAUCCAUUGCGUGCCGCUGCAGCCCCUCUUUGAACACGCCGCCAACUCGCAAGGAAAACACAUUGGGUUCCUGCACUUGAAUCCCUCGACGUCGUCGCCAUCUCUCGACGGCAUCCACCUCUUGGACUUGGCAAGCCGCCCGUCGAAAUUCAUUCACACGUGCCAGCCCAAGACCCACUUGUGUGUCGAAGUCACGUCGAGCUGCUGCCACGCGACCAAGAAGGGGCGGUGGAGCCGCCUCUUUCGUCCGAGUGCAUCGUUUGGAUCGACGACCAUGGCCAAAGCCAGCGACGACAAAGACGCAUCGCAACUAACCACGCUGAUACUGCACGCGCCGCUGACGCUGCAGAAUCUCUUGUGCGUCAACAUCGUGUGCUGUGUGUUUCGAAUCGUGGCGUCGUCUCCAGCACCGCCGUCGUCCUCGGGUCGCGACGUGGUGUGGGAAGGCACGAUCAAGACUGGCGGCCACGCUGCCAUCUACGCGUCCAACUUGGCCGACAAACUCUACUGCAGCGUUCUCUUGCCUGCGCUGCAGUGUGAGACAGUCAAACCUGCGCUGCUCCACGUUCCGCCAUCGAGCAAAGCCAAGGUCGAUACAACUAUCGCUUUCGCCGACAAAACCAACAACACGCAGCCGCUCAAACUCAAGGUCGAAAACACCGUCGGGUCGGGUGGGCAGCGCGCGGUCAUUUUGUACGCAUCGUACUGGCUGGUCAACUUGACGCCGUUCGGGCUGCAGUACAAACAAGACACGCGGCACUUUGAGAUUGCUGGGAGUGCGGCGGCUCUCGCGCGGCGGCAGUCCAUCGAUGGCGACAAGCAAAACUUGUGGAACGUGCUAGCGUGUGACUUGGAGCUCGGGCCGUAUUUGAACCCGGUCGACGCCGCCGACGACGGACUGCAUGCUCCGAGUCUGUCGUGUAUGCCUUCGAUCCGGCCACAAGACGGACGGUGCUCGUUCGUCGCCGAUAGCCACGAGUUGUGCUACUGCUCCGCGCCGACGUGUGCAGUUCGGCGGCUCGCCCGCUUCGCCACCAUGUUUUCGUUUGGAGGCGGCGGGAAUAGCGUCGGCGGGUUGGAAGACACCAUGACGGCGGCGUUCACAAACAGUCUCUGCAUCAAGUGCCCCAAGUACUCGUGGUCCAAGGGGGUAUCCCUAGAAGUGCUCGGCGUUGACCAAGUCGUCGAGCUCAAAAACACAACCCACGUGCUCGAGCUCGGCGUCAAGAUCGUGCCUGGCCCGGACGC